UGAAUUUUCAGCCUUUGACAAGAAUUUUCAAUAUGUUUCAGGUCACUAGUAUUAUAGUGGUGUUAUUUGUCAUACCAGGGUGGAUAUCAGUUUUACAUGGUGUUGAAGUUGAUGUAGCGCUACCAUGUAAUAAAACCUGUGUACACGGCGGUCAUUGUGUUAUAACUCCAGAUUCAUCUUGUUCAGGUUUUAAACAAACAUGUAACUGCCCACCAUCUUACACCGGUGAAUUCUGUGAGAAUUUCCUAAUCAAAGUGGAAUGUGAUAAACUUUGUCAGAAUGGCGGUCAAUGUGUGGUUAAUUUUAAACAUGACGGAUGUACAACUGCUUACUCAACUUGCGUGUGCCCCAAAUACUACUAUGGAGAUUUGUGUGACACUUUUAGCACUGAUCCUAUAUGUGAUCCUCCAUGUGCAGCGAGUCAAGGUGAAUGUGUUGUCCUUCGAAAUUCACAGUUAGCACCUCACUUGACCGAUGGAGCCUACUGUAACUGUUCAAUGUCGGCUACCGGAUAUUACUAUGGAAACCAAUGUCAACAUUAUCAAGAAAAAGGAACGUGUAAUCCGACAUGUCGCAAUGGAGGGGAAUGUACUUUUAGGGGUACAUGUGAUUGUCUACAAGCAACAACCUCAGAUUAUUUUUACCCUGGCUUCUAUGGCAACACAGAUUGCAGUGAAUAUGACCCAGUAUGUAACCCCGCCUGUCAGAAUGGUGGAACGUGUUAUUACGGUUUCUGUCAAUGUAAACAUUCAGAUCUAGGGUAUUAUAACGACUCUGCAUGUGAACAGUUUAACUUAUGUAAUCCUGCCUGUCAGAAUGGUGGAACGUGUUAUUACGGUUCCUGUUAUUGUAAAUCUACACCUCUAGGGUAUUAUAACGGCUCUACAUGUGAACAGUUUAUCUUAUGUAAUCCUGCCUGUCAGAAUGGUGGAACGUGUUAUUACGGUUCAUGUCAAUGUAAAUAUUCACCUCUAGGGUAUUAUUAUGGAUCUGCAUGUGAACAGUUUCAAGACUUCAAUAGAUGUAAUCCCCCUUGUUCGAGUGACCGUUGGUGUCAAUAUGGUAAUUGUCAAUGCAAGUCAAAUGCUACCCAGUAUAUAUAUGGUGCGAGUUGUUCUGGUGUGGAAGAUUGUGUGGGUGGCUGUUUAAAUGGGGGUACGUGUGAAUUUGGGGGCAGAUGUAAAUGCCUAAAAGAAUAUACAGGUGUCAACUGUGAAACAUAUACAGGAGGAUGUCCAUGUCAGAAUAAUGGACAGUGUGUUGAUGACGUGUGUCACUGUGUAGCAAAUGAAACCGGAAUAUUCACUGGGGACCUUUGUGAAAACUUCUCCUUUCGUUAUCCGUGUUAUCCGACAGUUCUGAAUGGUGGAUUGUGUUCUGGUGGCACUAUUUAUUGUCCCUACGACGAAAUGGGGUAUUUCCAUGGUGACCAAUGUGAGAAGUACAGUGUAAAAUACUGUAGUGGUUGUUUAGAGCCAGAAGUGUGUUUCUUCGAGGAGGGUUGUAAGUGUCCGUACAAUCUGACCGAGCGUUCCUUCACCUUUACAAAUUCAAAUGGCACAUGCAGUGGCACAUAUUAUCUGUAACUGAAACCAAAAUUAAAUAAAACGACCAAACAUU